AUGCCGACACUCUCCCUCAUCAACUUCAACAUCGUCUGCGCGACCCUGGGAGGUUUCAUAUCCCUUUUCGGCCUGGUAUCUUACCUCUGCAAAGAGCAAUUCUACCUUUCUGAAGCCUUGAUUUCUCUGCUAGCCGGAGUGCUUUUCUCUCCCCACGCAGCUAACUUCAUCAGACCGGAAGACUAUGCACUUCACUCUGAGCAGAACCUCGAGGCAAUUACACUGCAUUUCACCCGCCUAGUUUUAGGCGUGCAAUUAGUCCUAGCCGGAGUCCAACUCCCAAAGCGGUACCUCCAGAUCGAAUGGAGGAGCUUAGGGCUACUCCUCGGUCCAGGCAUGGCUGCCAUGUGGAUGUGCAGCAGUCUCAUCGUCUGGGCAAUGGUUCCAAACUUCAAGUUCCUUCAUGCCCUGAUUGUGGGAGCUUGCGUGACUCCAACCGACCCUGUUCUGUCCAACUCUAUCGUCAAGGGCAAGUUCGCCGAUAAACAUGUUCCCCGUGAAUUGCAGAGGAUCAUUAUUGCUGAAUCUGGCGCCAACGAUGGCCUUGGAUACCCGUUCCUCUUCUUUGGAAUUUAUCUCCUGCAGUAUACCGGGAUGGGAGGCCAAGCGUAUAGCGGUGGCGCGGGCAAGGCCAUGGCGUUGUGGUUUUAUGAGACUUGGGCCUAUGUCAUUCUUUUGAGUGUUGUCUAUGGGACCUUGAUUGGUUGGAUUGCAAGAAAACUGCUGCAUUGGGCAGAGGAGAAGCGCUAUGUGGACCGAGAAAGCUUUUUGGUGUUUGCCAUUGCCCUUGCACUGUUCAUCGUAGGAACCUGCGGCAUGAUCGGGACAGAUGAUCUACUUGCUUGUUUUAUUGCUGGAAACGUAUUCACGCAAGAUGACUGGUUCCGCCUGGAAACUAUCGACGAUUCCCUCCAACCGACAAUCGACAUGCUUCUCAACCUGUCCGUCUUCAUGUGGUUUGGAGCGGUUUGCCCAUGGUCAUCAUUCUUGAACAACAGUGUGGUGCCCAUCCAUCGGCUCAUCUUCCUAGGGAUUUUAAUCCUGUUGGUCCGCCGCCUUCCGGUCGUCUUGGCCAUGCAUAAAUGGAUCAAACAGAUCGAGCUCGUUUCCCAGGCUGCAUUUGUCGGCUUUUUCGGUCCCAUCGGAGUCGGCGCCAUCUUCUACCUAUCAAUCAGUCUUGAAUUUCUGCGCAAGAUCAAAGUCGACGGCGAAAUCCCAGAGGACGUAAAGCAAGUUAUGGAGACCGUCCAAGUCGUGGUCUGGUUCUUGGUAGUCUGCAGUAUCGUCGUGCACGGUCUCUCAGUUCCCCUUGGAAAAGCCGGAUAUCAUCUCCCGGCAACCAUCUCCAGCGUGAUCAGCACCAGUACAUACGAUGAGCAGGAACCGAUCCCCAUUUCGAACAUCCGUCACACGCACAGCACGGCCACACCUCUCACUACAGGAGAAGAUGCGAGCUACCGGAGCCGCAAGCGUGGCUUUCGAAGCGGAAUCCCGCGCCCGCCAGUCUUCGGCAUUGGCCAUUCGGUGAUCCCUCAUUCACCUUCGAACCAGCUUGGAGUGGGCGAGCCCGGGGAGCCGGAGAGACCUAUCAAUCUGAUUAUUCACCAGAUCAGGAGUGGCGAGGAUAAACUUUAG